AUGAAGGCCAUCGACGUGCUUGGAAUUAACCAAGGCCGGGCCUGGGGAGCAGCAAGCCUGAAUGAAGUACGGAAAUUUUUCAACCUCAAGCCCCACGAAACGUUCUUGGAGAUCAAUCCGGACCCCGAUGUGGCCGCUUCAUUAGAAGCACUUUAUUCGCAUCCAGACAACGUUGAGCUGUAUCCUGGGGUUUCAGUAGAGGACACCAAGCCUCCACUGGUACCGGGAUCUGGGCUUUGCAGCGGCUUGACCAUUGCCAAGGCCAUCCUUUCGGAUGCUGUUGCCUUGUAUCACAGAUUCUAUUCGGUAGACAACAGUCCGGCGAACCUCACCGCAUUUGGAUCGGCCCUGAUUGCUUCCGAUCUCGAUGUUGGUGCUGGGACGGUUAUUCACAAACUUUUCAUGCAUGCGUACCCAGGAUGGUACCGCGGUGAUUCUGUGUAUACCCUGUUCCCAUUAACUAUCCCCAGUGAAAACCGGAUGAUUGCGGAGGAUCUGGGUAAGAAGAAUGACUACACCUACGAUCCGCCCAGCUUUGCGCCUCAACCAAUACCCGUAACGACUUGGCAAGGCGUAAUUGAUAUCCUUAAUGAUCAGGUGAACUAUAAGGUCCCUUGGGGACCCCACGUUUACGAACUGAUCCAUCACGAUUGGAUGCUCAGCGGAGACAAACCAUGGAAUGCGGAGCAGAAGAGCUAUUGCCAGCGUGCCCUUUCCGGACCCUCCAAAGGGCUCGACCAGAUUCGUGACUAUUACAGAAUUGUGACUGAAAAGCUUAUCCGGGAAAAGAGCAACAAGAUGCGCGAUGUCUACCAACUUGAUGCUGUCCGUGAUGUGGGAAAUCUGUCGCACUCCAUCGUUGUCGCACGGAUCUUCAAUAUCCCAAUUAAAGAAAAUGGCGGCGUGGGCACCGUGACGGCCAGACAACUUUAUGACGCAAUGGCGGCGGUCUUUGCAUAUACUUUCCUCGAUAUCGAUCCGGCAAAAACUGAACAACACAGGGCUGUUGCCAAAAGAGCAACCACGAUUUUACAAAAGCUCAUCACACCGGCAGUUGAGGCUGUGAAAGCCGAACGGUUCCACACGCUGAAAGAGAUAAUGGGGAUUAGUGCGGACGAAUCGACACUACCCGACUAUGGAACGCACUUGGUCCAACGGUUAUUCGAGGGCGGCAAGAGCGUCGACGAGGUGAUCUGGACGAUUGUUCCAACGGCAUCUGCCGCAAGUCCAGUUCAAGGCCAAGCGUUCGCGCGCCUCCUGGACUUUUAUCUGUCUGAGAACAAAGGCCAUUGGGCAGAGAUUCAAAGGAUUGCCUACCAGGAUACCCCGGAGGCAUUCGAGAAGCUGCGUAAGUACGCACUAGAAGGAUUGCGCCUAGCGACACCCGCAUUCGGGGUCCUUCGAGACGUGAGCAUCGAGAAAGCCACUGUCGUCGAUGGGGAGAGGCAAAUUCCAGUGAAAAGGGGCGAUACUAUUUUUGCCGACUUCGUCACCGCCAAUGUAGACCCAAAAGCCUUCCCAGACCCGCUGGAGAUCAAACUUGACCGCCCCGAUAGCUCUUACAUUCACCAAGGAUAUGGUGGACACACUUGUCUCGGUCGACCUAUCGUCAUGAUCUCUAUGGCGGUGCAAUUGGGUGCCUUUGCCAGACUGAAGAACUUACGUCGCGCUCCAGGGCCGGCCGGACAACUGAAGGCUACAACCAUCAACGGGGCAUUCCAAGUAUAUAUGAAUGAGGAUUGGUCGGAGUGGACGCCCUUCCCUACCAAUAUGAAGGUUCAAUUCGACGGAUUUUAA